AUGUCCAAGUCCUCGGUGUCGAGCGUGUCGGCGGCGAGCGCCUCGGUGGCGAGCUCGUCGUCCAAGUUUGCAGAAACGUUUUCCGCGGCGUGGGCCGCGUACCGCGACCAGGUCGGCGCGGACCCGCGAUUGAAGCUGGUGGACGCACUGCUGGCGUUCCUGGUGGUGGUGGGCGUCGCGCAGUUUGGGUUCGUGUGCGCGGUGCGCGACAGUUUCCCGUUGAACGCGUUUCUGGCCGGGUUCAGCGCGUGUGUGGGCCAGUUCGUGCUGGCGGUGAGUCUGCGGAUGCAGUGGGUGGAGAGCUUUGCGGGCAUCCGCAAGGAGCGCGCGUUCAUGGAGUUUGUCGGCGGGAGCCUGGUGCUGCACUUUGUGUGCUUGCACUUUGUGAACUAG